UAGAAGACCUCAACAGAGGCAGUCAUACAUUUGGUGCUAAAUACACAUUAAACGCGUCAACAUAGCGGGGGGAUUACAAAUAUGAGAUCCCUACAAUUAUUGCUCUUGGGUGCCAGCUGUGCUCUCAUUGUCAGCUUCGCCUUUGCCCAUCCGCCAGAGGGUGUCUGGAAAAAGAAACUCACAUGGAAAGAAGAUUGGGUACAAGUUUGGAAGACGGUCAAAAAAGAAGCCUGGGAAACCAAAUGGAAAAAGGUACAAGUACCCAUUUGGAAAGAGGUCAAAGUACCCGUCUGGAAAGAAGAACAAGUACCCGAUUGGAAAAUUGUGAAAAAACCCCAUAUCGAAGAACGUGAAGUUCCCGCAUGGAAAGAAGUUAAAGUACCCGAAUGGAAGAAAAUCACCAAACCCAUUUGGAAAGAAGUACAAGUUCCCGUGUGGAAGGAGAUCCAAGUUCCCGUCUGGAAAGAAAUUCAAGUACCCGUCUGGCGUGAAAUAAAAGUGCCCGUUUGGAAAGAAAUCCAAGUACCCGUUUGGAAGGAAAUCCAAGUGCCCGUUUGGAAAGAAGUACAAGUACCUGAUUGGAAGAAAAUGUUUGUACCCGAAUGGGUCAAGAUGGGCAUACCCGGUGAAAAAUACCUCGGCAAAGAUCACGAAGGUUGGGAAUACACCAGUCACGAUUUGUGGCGCAAGAAGCUGAUAUGGAAACCUGUCUGGAAAAAGGUUUGGCGUACCGAAAAGAAGCAAGAAUGGAAAACCGAAAAGAAACAAGAAUGGAAAACCGAAAAAGUCCAAGAAUGGAAAAUCGAAAAGAAACAAGAAUGGAAAACAGAAAAAGUGCAAGAAUGGAAAACGGAAAAGAAACAGGAAUGGAAGACCGACAAAAAACUCGAAUGGAAAGUUGAAUGGAUUCAAGUUUGGAAGCCGGUAAAGAAACAAAUUUGGAUUAAGGAGAAGCGUGAAACAUGGGUCGAGGAGAAAGUACAAAUUUGGCGUACCGAAAAGAAACAAGUCUGGGCCACCGAGAAGAAACAGGCCUGGAAGGAUGAAUGGAAGGCAGUGCAAGUGCCCGUCUGGAAGGAGGUCAAAGUGCAAGAAUGGAAGAAGGUGUGGAAGCCAGUUUGGGAAAAAGUGUGGGUGCCCACACCACACCAUGAACAUGGUUGGGAUUAAAUCCAUCCACCCUUUGCACCACCUCA